AUGGAGGAAGGACCCUCGGAUACACCAACGUAUGCUGAACAGGAAGCACCGCCGCAUGCGAUACGACGCCCUCGAACAAUUUCGCGUCCAGGUACCCAAAGACCUACUGCCGUCGUCAGAGAACCUUCGUACGAACGCCCGCCGACGCAUCUUGCUCAUGAGGAAGAAGAAUUACCUGAGGAAGAAGUCCCCGACGACGGAUAUCAUCCGCCCGUUACUCCAUCUAGGACUCCCCCUAGGCCCGGACGUUCUGUUGCGCCAACUCGUGUAGAUCGAGAGGAAGUGCGCCGGAGUCCCAGUGGUCGCACUGAGCUGGAGUCACAGUUAAGGCGCGCCCGCCCAGAAGAGCCGUUCAUCCCCUAUGUGCCCACUCAGCCUUCUGCUCGUGCAGCUACUGAGGCUCUUCCCGGGUCGGAAGUGGGAAGAAUCCCACUCGUAGACCGUCCGCUCUCGCCUGUGCCAGUCGUUCAAGAUGAUGGUCGGCCUCCAAGCCCAACGCGAUCCGCAGUCACCCACAUUCCCCCUCCCCGUCCACCGACUAUGUACGACUUCCCUGAUCGCGGCCGCUUUGAUGAUUUGGAGCGUAACAUCCUGGAUGCUGCUCGUGAAAACGAAGAUCAUCGUGAACGUCACUUCAUGGAACAGGAAGAAGCCCGGGAACGCAUCUUUGAGGAUAACGAAGCUCGGCGGGAGGAGGAAACGGCUGCUCGACGUGAUGCUCUCUUGAGUGAUUUGGAGCAGCGUUUCGCACGUCGCCCGUCGUCUAUUCUUCAUGUACCGCCUCCCGGUGGUGAGGGCGUCCCCAUAGUCACGCAGGAGGGUGACGAAGCGGCUGCCGAGGGUGACGGGAGGCAGUCAGGCGCCGAUGAUCAGGUCUCGGUGGUGUCUACCAUCCAUCAUGCUACGGCAGAAGCAGCGUCGCGGCACGCGGCGGAGAUUCUAGAGGCGGUUGCUCUUGAGAGGCAGCAGAUUGCUGCGGAUCACGAAGCCGCUCUGAAUUCGCUGCGCGAAGCAAUUGCUCAGGAACGCGAGGUGCAUGUUCUGGAAAUGCGCGAGGCAAUUCGAAAGGAGCGGGAAGAUGCCAUGCGCGAACGUGAGGAGGAACGAGAACGCAUUCGCCAGGAAUUACAGGAAGACCGAGUACGCCUGGACGACGACCGAGAUAUCAGGGUUCGCGAGUUGGAGGAGGAGCUGGCCAGAGUGCGCGCC